AUGCAUAAUUCCUUGCUUAUACCAUCUAUAACUAAGCCAAGAAGAAUCACUGAGAUGAGUCCAUCCACAGUUGACCUCUUCUGGACUAAUAUAAUCGCUCCCAUCAAAGCAGGGAUAAUCACAGACAAUACUACUUAUCAGUACCCAGUCUUCCUUUUAACUGACUUGUGUAAACACCACUUAAUACUAAUACGAUCUCUUUUCAUCUCCAUGCCUGCUGCAACAGUCAAUACAUUAAAUGAUUUCUUCUCUACCAUAGGAUCAAGUCUUUCUAGCAAAAUCCCAAGUACCAAUGCUCAGGCGAGUGACAACCUUGCUGGAAGUUUUCCAAACACCCUCUAUCUGGCUCCACCUAACCCUACUGAGGUCUCCGUGAUAAUAGAUUCACUGAAAAACAAAUCAGGACAGCCUCCUAUGGGAAGAGCAGUGCGAGGUGAAGGGAUUCUGAACACAAGUGUAUCUUAUUACCUUCCAUAUGGGAUAUUAAUACAGGAUCCUAAUCCUGAGGAAGAGUGUUUACAGGCACAAGUAGAGAUUCCACGAUGGGGUACACGCAUACUAACCAGCCUUUAUGUAAUGGAAGGGACAGAAAACUUGGAAGAUGAAGUUUUUCUGAAGAGACAUACCAAACCUGAGCAAGAUGAAAAGAGACGCAAGAGGUGGGAUUUACAGAGGAUGAGAGAACAACGUCAUUAUGAGCGUCUAAGGGAACGGUAUGAAGGUAGACAAAAUCCAUGUGAACCAGAGGUAUCUGGGUACCAUUCGUUAUGGCCAAAUCCUGAAUCAGCUGUUUACUUACAUGUUGAUGACUGUCUCCCUGUAUGUGCCUUUGGUCAACCCAUGGCCAGGAUACCUCCUCAGGAGUUUGUGUUACCAUGGUUAUCAAGCCGCUGCCAGGAUGGUGUAUCAACUCGGCGCAGAAAGAGACCAUAGAAUUUUGUCCUGAGAUGGAUAAAGCAAGAUUUUACUUGUUCGACCUUUUUUUUUUUUUUUUAAACUUCUUACUUCCUUCAAAAUAACAUUUAUUUUUCAAUUCACAAUAUAGAGUAACAAACUCUAUACAGUAAGAUAAUAUACAUAAUGUAAUACAUUUUUUAUAAGAUUUGUAUAACCAGUUAUCACAUGGCUAUAUACAAAUUAUUAAGUGACUCAUAUUGUGUCUUAACUUGUGAAUACUAAGUCAAGUGAGGUAAUCUG